CCCGUCCCCCCCCAGCACUUCGACUUCCCGCUGCCCACCCCCCUGCCCGUCUUCGCGAUGCUGGUGGCGCCGGGGGACGAGUACCCGGCCGUGUGCAUCGGGGUGAGCCCGGGCCCCUCGCCCGCCCAGCCCGUCCACUUCCACACCAUCAACCUCAACUCCCUCACCUCCGGGUUCACCCACACCGGCGCCGACGUGUCCUGCCCCGGGCCGGUCCAGGUGAGCCAGGUGGACAGCGAGACGGUGCUGGUGCUGCUGGACAGGAGCGUGAGGAUCGUCACCCUGCAGGGCACCCUGCUGCGGAAGUUGCCGGCCCCCAACAUCACCUUCGACGUCGCCGUGGAGACCAUAGCGCUGGGGCAGAACUGCCUGCAGGCUUUCUGGCGCCACGGGGUGCAGGUGUGGGACUUCGCAUCGGCACAGCUGAUCAAGGAGCUGCGGGACCAACGCUGCACCUUCCGCCUGCUGGGCACCCACAGCACCGUCGUUUUGGAGACGCGCCCCAUGGACGACACCCACAGCAACCUCUACGUCCAGGAGUGACAGCCCCAGCCGUGGGGGGGUCGGCCUCACCCCCCGAGAAGCUGAUCUUCCCCAGCGAGCCACCCCCCCCCCCGGGCCAAGGACCCACCCAGCCAUGUGGGCCACGACGGAGAAUCGGCCCCCGGUGCCCCCACGCUGCACGGACUGGGGGGGGCUGAGUGCACCCCACCCUGCAGACUGGGGGGGGGGCUGAGCAUGCCCCCACGCUGCACGGACUGGGGGGGGCUGAGUGCACCCCACCCUGCAGUCUGGGGGGGGCUGAGCAUGCC